AUGCUAGAAAAUCCAUAUUGCCAAGAAAGUGGUAAUGAUCGGCUCAUAAAGCUUAAGAACACUGCAGUUGGAUGUAUUAUCAAUUUCCUAAGGAAGCACAGCCCAUCUCCAAUAGAAAGUAUAAUAGAGCAUGUGAAGUCCAAAGAGCACACCCUUGUCACCUCAACAAAAGGAAAAUACAAAAAGGGUGCCUUUAAAAUUGUAGAUUAUGCACUGUCUUGGUACCCAAAGCUUUUCUUAUUAAAUGAUCGCUUUCACUACUACUUAAACGUAAUUUAA